UCGGUGUAGACGUGUGCGCGAAAUCUGUCUGUAUCUAAAGCUUUUAAAGCUGACUGCCUACGGUAAACUGCAAAUAUAAUAUGCAUAUCGGUGAAAAAUGAAUCAGAAUGAUAUAGCAAAUUAGUGAAAUAAUUAUAGUAUUGAAGUGUUAUGAAUACAAUAAUAUAACGAAAAAUGAGAGAAGUGAUGAAUGCAUGAAGAGAAGAUAUUCGAUAUUGAAGUGUUAAUAGUGCCGGUGAAAUAUUUGAAGCUUGAAUUGAUGAGAAUCGUAAAAUGAGUUCAUUCCUGAUGGGAUAUCCACACCACUUUCAAUCAAUGGGAAUUAAUAUUGAGCCUAAGUUUCCGGCUAGUGACGACUACGGUUUUCAUAAUGGAUAUAAUAACGUUAGCGGGAUCACACAAAACGGAAAUGAAUACUUACACCAUCCACCAAGUGAAAUAGUGCCCCAUAACAAUGGUGGCAACAAUGGAAAUAACUACAAUACUUAUGGUAUGAGUGGACAUUAUUACCACCAUCACCAUCAUCACCAUCAUCAUAAUGGAUACGCUUCUCCUGUACAAAUGCAUCAAACAGCCUCAAUACCUACGCCUGCAGUUGUGCAACCUUCAACACCAACAAGCAGUUCAACACCAAAUGAAAAUAAUGGAUACGUGUCAAGUACAUAUUAUCCUUCAUACUAUAACAGUAGUGGACAUCAGCCCUUGAUGGAUGUACCUCUACAAUGUCCUGGAAGUGAAAUUAGCAAUACUGCAUUAGGUUUACAAGAAUUAG